AUGACCAACCAGGGCACCCACAAGCGCCCAGCCAACGACAAGACCAACUACCACCCCACCCCCGGGGAGGUCGUCACCAAGUUCACGGCGUACGCCGGCUACGUCAACCUACCAGAUGACACUCCCUUGGAGCCUACGGAGAACGAUCCCUACCACGUUCCAGCCUACUUCGACUUGAGCGAAGCGCCUACAUCCACACCUGAAGAGGUCAAACUCGAGUUCAACCCUCCGCUUGUGCACUACGCGGAGCUCAGGGGCGGCCUCCCAAUCGGCUAUGUCUGGAUUCCACCGAGCUCUCCCGAGCCGAUGCCGCGUGAAGUCACUUCUGAGCAGGAUGUCGCUUUCACCACUCCGCUGCGGCCGGCGAGGAGCAUGGGUACUAGCCAAAAGCGCAAGAAGACUGUCACUUUUGACCUCAGCACCCAGAAGAAGCGCAAGCGAGAUACUACCGCUGAGUUCCAAGCUCGCUUCACCAGUCCGCUGUCGGAGGAUCUGUCAGAUGCGCCUGAUGGUCUUCUGACGCCUGAGCCGAGGGAGUUUGUACUACGCCGUCGCUAG